ACAGUAAAAGGCGCGCCCUCGUGAGUACGAGGGUACGUACACACUGCUCUCCACCCUUUCCUUGACAGAGAAAGAUAGGGGGAGAGAGAGAGUACCAAUAUCGCUAUCAAAUCAGAUUGUAGACACGGUCUGAAGGGCGAGAUUGUAAGGUGAAAGAAAACGGGAGAGGCGUAGACUAUCAUCAGUUGCGUAUUAGUGGAGGUUGUUAAAAUAACAACACUGAAGUCGGUUACCCACAGCACCGCUCGUAAUCCCGUUAUUUUAGCCUUAAUUACAAACGCGGACACGGGGGAAACGCAGCCAGCCGAAGAUGGAAGGAAUGGCAUAUGGAGCGGGGAAGGCGGGGGGUGCGUUCGAUCCCCUGACGUUUUUCCGACAGCCGCAAACUAUUCUCCGAAUUGUGUCCUGGCUGUUCGCCAUCGUCAUAUUCGGCUCCAUCGCCAACGAGGGCUACGUGAACCGGCCCGACGAGGUGGAGGAGUUCUGCAUCUUCAACCGCAACCAGAACGCCUGUAACUACGGCGUCGCCAUGGGGACCCUGGCCUUCGUGUGCUGCAUGGCCUUCCUGGCGCUGGACAUCUACUUCCCCCAGAUCAGCAGCGUCAAGGACCGCAAGAAAGCUGUGCUGGCUGACAUCGGGGUGUCCGCAUUCUGGUCCUUCAUGUGGUUCGUGGGGUUUUGUUUCCUGGCCAACCAGUGGCAGGUGGCCAAGCUCGAGGACAACCCCCUGAAGGAGGGCGGAGACGCAGCCAGAGCCGCCAUCGCAUUCUCCUUCUUCUCCAUCUUCACCUGGGGGGCUCUGACUCUGCUGUCCUUGGAACGGCUAAAGAAUGUGUCUUUUGAAGAAGAGUACAACAAACUUUUCGUCCCCCAGCCUACACCCCCCCUAGUCUAAUGAUCCCCCCUAUCCUGCCAACCACUCACCCCUCCCACCCAACAGGCACUCUCUCCAUAAGCCGCUAGGAUCCGACCCAAUCCCGGCCACGGUCUUGUCCGAAUGCAGAUGUGACGUUUCCUAAAGCAGACCUUGGGCAGACCCGUCCUGUUCAAGUUUGAGUUCCAUGAUGUGGCGGCCAUUUUGAUCAGGGUGAACUUGCCACAACUGAUUUGCAACCAGCUCACAGACUUAUUGUUUUUUUUUUUGUCCUUUCACCAAUUGUGCCUCUUGAGUUACUGUGAUGCCGCCCACACACGCACAUCAGGAGCACUGUGGCUCUCCUCCAAUGCUGUGACCUGUCAGCCAGAGUGAUUUACACCACAGUCUAGGACACGUGGCACAGGUCAGAGGUGAGGUGUGUGUCCCAUUAAGAGGGCAGCCGGUUGAUUUUGGGACCUGGUCGUUGGGAGGAUCCAAAAUAACUUGAGGAAACCUGGCCGCCAUAAAUCCACCUCAGUUUUUACUGCAUUCAUGAGCUCAGCACACUUCAAGAGAAUGGACAGUCCACAAUACAAGUCCAUUUCAAGAGCUCUAGUCUCUCAAGUGGUUCUCAAGUGCCUUCGUUUUCGUCUUUUUGUGUAGAAUUCAGGGUUUCUCAUUCCAAAUGUGUGUGCGUUAAGAGGGUUAUCAGUAGCUGUGUGUGUGUGUGUGGAUGUGUGUGUGUGUAAUGUGUGCAUAGCAUCUGCGUCAGUCCCUUUCUCCCUGUGCCUAUGGCCUCUCUGUCUGUCUGUGCCUGCCAGUCCAUCCUCUGGAUUCUGCAUUUAACUUGAUGAUUUUCAGCACAACAUAUUUGCCGCUGGAGCUGCUUUUCAUACCUUUGUGGGGUGGGGGAGGUUGCGGUAUUUUUUACACGUUUAUGAUUAUUACUGUCACUGUGUGUAUUAAACAAUCCCAAAUGGCGUUGAAACGCAGUGGUUUGCAGGGUUUUUUUCUGUGUGGUCAUGGGAAAUGGGCUGAGUGCGCUGCUACGCACCAGGAGCCAGAGACGAGCGUCGCUGAAAAGCCAUGGCCUCAAUUAGCGCUAACGUCUAAUUUAUGCGUAGACUAACAAGCUUCUUCCCCGGCACUAAUCAGGCUCAUUUUCCCUCUCUCUCCCUCUCUGCCUUCCUAACCCCACUCUCAUUCUCCUGCUUUGUGUUCAUGUAUCAUUUGGACACCUCCCGACCCCUCUUUCCCAUAAAAACCACCUCUUUUUAUUUUCAUUCACCGUUUGCUUAUACCUCCUUUAAUUCCUUUCAUUGCAUGCCUGUGUAAUAUAUCAAUAACCAUCAUAUGACUGAAUACAUAUAUCUCUAUUCUUGAUGGGACUUUUCUGACAAAUUUCUUGUGUUCAAAAUCUUUAUCUGAAAUAAUAAUACUCUGUUGUCCUGAAUCUGAUUAUGCCCUGACAUCACCUGUACACCUGUGCAUAAAUACUCUACCCUUGCAUAUGUAUUUAUGCGGUCCCAUUCAAACCUGAUGCUGAGGGCCUGCGUGCACUCUGUGACCCACUGACCUUUCAUUUAAAUACACCCAACCAUUCCACAUCCUCCUGUUGGCCUCCAUUUCCUGCUAAUUUUAUAACCGUUGUCACUUCCGACACUGUACAUCCCUGUGGUAUACCACACCCCGAUCCCCUUACCCCACUGCCCUCUGCAUGGGGGGGGGGGGCAUCCCCACCUCCUUUCCAUGUAUCUACUUCCACAUCCUCCCUCUGUCUUUUAUUCUCUUUCUUUUUCUCGUCCCCCACUUCUCCCUCUCUCCUUCUCUUUUUUCUUUCUCAUUUCACUUUCUCUCCCUUUCUCUGUCCUCCUCUGUCUCUC